UUUCCUUGACCCCCCUUUCCACAAUUAUGUGUAGCAAGGCACGGAUGCCAAAACGAUUUUCAUGAUCUCUUUCUUGAAAGCUGAAACAAAGAGACCUUCCAUUUCCGAGUAGCAUACAUUUCCCAGCAUUCGCCGCAGUGGCAUGCCUGUGAUGUCACAAUGAGUAUAUAUUUCUACAGUGUAGCAUACCGAUCUCUAUUGUUACGUUGUAACACCGGGGCAGGGGAGCGGGCGACAGAGGCUUCGAUCAAAAAAUUGGCCGAUCUUGCACAGCUCUAAAGGAUAAUUUUAUCGGGACAAACAAUUUGAGGACUGUGCUCGUUUGGGGACGUGCAACUUCUGCGGAGAUUUAACACGCCCUCGAAGAAGAAAAAGGACACCAACCUUUUGUGGCUUGCCUUGUUUUACAAAUGCAAUCAUUUAACACCGGACGAAGAAGAGGAGGUUUGCUAUAACACACAAGCAAGCCAUUGUUAAUAUGAUUUAGAUUUUUGGACAAAUUAAACGAAGCCCUCCGCCCGCAUCGCCUGCCCCGUGUUGUGCAGUUGUAGCCUAAAUGUGAACGUCGGUGAAAUUUUCCUUGCACAAACCCCAAAAUCAAGAAUAGUUCAUUCAAUAGUGUAUCCCUUCUGCUCAUGUGUAUUUUUGUGUGGGCUGUAGUGAAAUGCAUACAUUUCCUACCGGCAUCUAAUAGGCUAGCCUACACCAUUAUUGCAAUCCAUUCUCCUUUGCUUACAUUUUAUUAAACGUCUGUAAAAAGGUAAACUGUGAAAUCGGAGACCCGUGUGGAGCUUAAAGGGGGAAAACACACAGCCAAAACCAAAGGAUUUUUAUGUCGAUUUUUGCUGCUGAUACAACUGAAAAGCGGAAUCGUCGGUAAAGGCUAUUCCCGAGUAAGACGCUGAGUUUCCAUGGAGACAGUGGGGACACUGGGCCUGAAGCGUAAAUUCGAGGAGGUGGACAGCGGCUCGCCCUUCUCCACGCCGUCCAAGGACUCCGACGAUGACAUCUCCAGCAGCGACAGCGCAGACAGCUGUGACAGCCUCAAUGCCCCCUCCAGCUCCUUCACACCGACCUCCAUCCUCAGACGUCCUCGUCCGUCGCCGGGGCGUAAGCGCGUGCGUUUCGACGCGGUGACGGUGUACUACUUCUCGCGGAAGCAGGGCUUCACCAGCGUGCCCAGCCAGGGGGGCAGCUCACUGGGCAUGGCGCGCCACCACUGCGACAUACGCCACUACACGCUGGGCGAGUUCGCCCGCGAGCAGGAGAGCAACCACCGCGUCGUGCUGCGCCAGCACCUGCGCCAGGAGAAACUCAACGCCCGCAAGAUGAAGCUGACCCGUAAUGGGACGGUGGACUGUGAACAGGCGGACCUCCUGACGUUGGACGACGUCUCGGACGAGGACCUGGACGUGGAGAGCGUGGAGGUGGACGACUGCUUCUUCCUGCAGCCGCUGCCCACCAAGAGGCGGCGCGCGCUGCUGCGGGCAUCGGGCAUCUCCCGCAUUGACGCCCGCGAGAAGGCCGAGCUGCGCGCCAUCCGGCUGUCACGAGAGGAGUGCGGCUGCGACUGCCGCUUCUACUGUGACCCGCGCCACUGCGGCUGCAGCCAGGCCGGCAUCAAAUGCCAGGUGGACCGGAUGUCUUUCCCGUGUGGCUGUUCCCGAGAGGGUUGUGGCAAUUCUGCCGGCCGGAUCGAGUUCAACCCCCUGCGCGUGCGCACCCACUACCUGCACACUGUCAUGAAGCUGGACCUGGAGACUCGCGGCUUGCUUGCCGCCGGGGGAGUAGGAGGUGUGGACUUGGGCCCAGACGACGACGACCCAGAGGCGCCCACGCGCUCCCCGUCCCCCUCCGGCUCGCUGCUCUCCCCGGGCUCGGAGCUGGAGGCGGAGGCCCGCGCCGUGCAGGAGCUGCUGGCCCAGCACGACGACACCCUGGAGCGGGAGAACGAAACGGCCGUGCUGCACCUCCAGAGCGCCGAGGAGCGCGAGAGGCGCCGAGAGCGGGAAGAGGAGGUGGAGCAGGAGGUGGAGGUGGAGUUGGAGGUUCCACAGGAGGAGACACUCAAUCCAGACCCGGCGCUGUGUCUACUCGCGGGCCAGCUGACGGAGGAGGAGGUGGCGCGGGCUGAGGCGGAGGCUGUGGGCAGCAUGCUGAUCCAGGGGGCUUUUCCUGGGGGAACUACACUGCUCUGCAUCACCCAGGACCAGGUCCAGGGGUCGCAGCAGCUACAGAAUGGCAUAAACCACCACCAUCAGCAGCAGCAGCAGCAACAGCAACAGGAGCAGGAGCAGGAGGGACAUCAGAAGGUGGAACACCUGGAGGAGGAACAACUUCAGGUGGGCCAAGAGCCACAGCAGAAAGACCCAGCUACCGCCCCACUGCUGUACUACCACAUAGGGCCUCUGGAGCCUACAGCUUUCCAGUCCCAUGCCCUGGCUAAGAGAGGCGAGGAGGGGGAGGGCGUGGUGGCGGAGGGGGAGUGGGGAAGGGAGAAGGAGGAGGAGGCUACUGAAAGUAGUAGUAAGGACCAACAUGAACCUGCAACCAGUGACCAGCAAAGCCUGGUAGUGGAGGGUGAACCCACACCGGUGCAGCAGACGCCACCUCUGGAGAGCAUUACAGUGGAGAAGGUGGAGGAUGUCGUGGAGGUGGAGAGGGGGGCACGGCUGUCUCCCAACCCGCCAGAGGUGAGCUCGGAUGGGGAACCGCUGCAGCCGGUUUGCCUCCUGUCACACCGAGAAGCACUAGAGCUCCCCGCUGAAGUCUGAAGUCCAGCACCUCUGCAGAAGUUUUGCACAAGAGAUUUCGACUACGCUCAGUAGAUCGUUGAGGUUGAAGAAGGAUGAAGAGUCUACUCUGUUGAUGAGUAGACUGUGAGUUUUUAUGACUAAUGCUAUUGUUUGUCAUCGUCAUCAUUGUUACUAUUGUCGAUAAGUGUCACAUAAUGUUGAUUAGGUAGAACUUGAAAAAAAUAACGUUAUCAGUGAAUUCAGUAACGUCUGAUUAGGAAACACAACAAAAUUUGGUAUUGAGGAGGCGCCCUGAAAGAAACAAAAAAUGAAAGCAACAUAUCUCAUAGGAGUGUGACUUGGCCUGAUAACAGACACUAAUUUUAGAUCAAAGCAAGAAGCAGAUACACGUGUUAGAGGGAGCUGUAUGUGUGUGUGCGUGUGUGUAUGUGUGUGUGUGGGGUGUAUUCCAAGAACAUGGUUAAGUGAUAACCCUGGCUUAGUUGACCUACAGAGAGUGGUAAAUCUUCUAGUAGAUGGCCUGAAGGCAUUAUUGAGUUGGAGAAAACGAGUACUCCAUGCUCUUAUAUUAGCUGAUUUAUGGCCUCCAGGUUAACCUACAGUGAGUCCAAUAUGUAUUUGA